UUGGCCUGGUGAACUCGCUGUCACAGCGAGUGCUCAGGGAAAUGAAGAGCUUAAUUAAAUGAGUAGAGGAAGAGGAUGUGACAAGUGGUCAACUCUGAACAGUCGGAUGAAAAGGCAAAUGAAAAACGUGAAGAAAGGAAAAUGUGACCUACAAAAUUUGUCACAAAAAUACUUCAUUUGUAGAGGGCUCUCACGCUGGAAAUGAAUACUUUUAAAAAGAAAAAAAGAAAAACUCAUGUUUUAAAAAUGGAAAAAAAUGUUUUUGUUUUUUUAAGAAAAUCUGAUUGAACAUUGAUAUUGUUGUUGAAAAGCCUCUUGUACACAGUAUACAGUAGAAAACUAUUUUUUGUCAACAUAUUCAUUAAAUACCUUUUUUUCUUUUCUUUUAAAUGUUUGAGGUGUGGUUUCACCUUAAACAACCAUAACAAGCAAACAAAGACGCUUCCCAGCAGUAUUUUAACCUUUGAUCGCUUUUUAUUGUAAAAGACAUGAUGAUGAGUGUAGGCUGAGAGUAGUGUCUGUUCUCGAGAAACAACAUGGAGCUGUGGACUCCCACUCAAGCUUUUCUGACUUUGUUGGUCUUUGCAGCCAGCAGUUCUGGGCAACAUGUGAGUUCAGAAACCAGUCUGAAAAUGGACCAGGCUUUGUUAACUUUACAUAACCAGCUGACAGAAGAUGUGCGGGUUUUCUACAGGUCAGAUUUUUGCUACAAGUGUUUGUACCAGCAUUUAGCCUCCGUCAAACCCAACAGCAGCAACGCGUCAGUGGUGAUCAGCACUAAAUUCACUCUGACCAUUCAGGUGGAGAUGAGAAAUGAAACCCUCUGCAGGUGGAGUGAGACGUACGGUGAAGGAGGUCUUUACUCCGUGUGGAUCCUACUGUCAGAGGCCGACUCUAAAGUCCACUGUGUUCACAGUGUGGAAAGAAGUCCAAACAUCACAUACCUGCCUAUCCUGGUUGCAGCUCUCUUACUGGCCGUCAUCGCUCUCUUAUUCAGCGUGGCUCCACACGUCCUCAGGUGCUGUUCUAGGUUCAACUUUAUUCAGACUGCGUGCUGCCGGAGCCCUGAGUGCUCAGUGAAUAAUGAAGGAUCGCAUGAAUCCGAGCACAGUACCACCAACGCUAAACCAACACGGCUGCGUUCACUAGACACUUUUCGAGGUUUUUCCCUCACGGUGAUGGUGUUUGUAAACUACGGUGGAGGAGGCUACUGGUUCUUUCAGCAUGCACCAUGGAAUGGUUUAACCGUGGCAGAUCUGGUCAUGCCCUGGUUUGUGUUCAUCAUUGGGACCUCGGUGGUCUUUGCUUUUAAAUCCCUGCAGAGGAGAGGCCUGAGCUACCUCCAGCUGCUGCGGAAAGUCACCUGGAGAACAGCCGUCCUCCUCCUGCUGGGCUUCUGUUUUCUCAACUACUCUCCUAAAGAUGGACCACUGUCCUGCUCCUGGCUGAGGAUCCCUGGAGUGCUGCAGCGUCUGGGCUUCACCUACUUUGUUCUGUCCCUCCUGCAGACUUUCUGGAGUCAUAAAGAGAUCCCGCUGACAUCAUAUCACUUGUGGAACUCCUUCCAGGAUUUGGUUCUGUACUGGCCACAGUGGGUGGUCAUCCUCCUGCUGGAGACUCUGUGGCUGUGCCUUACCUUCCAAAUGCCUGUGCCCAACUGCCCCAAAGGGUAUUUAGGAGCUGGAGGAAUUGGAGAUAAUGGUCUUUACCCAAACUGUACAGGAGGUGCAGCAGGAUACAUCGACAGACUGGUGUUUGGUGACAACAUGUACAGAUAUCCAACAUGCAGAGAACUGUAUCGUACUACAAUACCGUUUGACCCAGAGGGAAUUCUGGGUACAAUAAACUCCAUCGUCAUGGGAUUCCUGGGGAUGCAGGCCGGGAAAAUUAUCAUUUUCUACAAGGAGAGAAAUAGCCACAUACUCUGCCGAUUCCUUGUCUGGGCCAUAAUACUGGGAAUCUCUGCAGCCAUCCUUACUAAGUGCACGCGAGAUGGAGGAUUUAUACCUGUCAAUAAAAACCUUUGGUCGUUAUCCUAUGUGACAUGCAUGGGUUCUUUCUCCUUCCUGCUGCUGGGAGCCAUGUACUUUGUCAUCGACAUCAAACACUGGUGGGGGGGGCAGCCCUUCUUAUAUCCUGGGAUGAACUCCAUCUUGGUGUACGUUGGCCACUCUCUCCUUGGAUUUUACUUUCCCUUCAGCUGGGAGAUGCGUUUCCAGCAGAGUCACUGGGAGUGGCUCCUCCAAAGUCUGUGGGGAACUUCACUGUGGGUGGUGAUCGCCUACCUCCUCUACAGGAAGAGCUUCUUCCUUAAGAUAUGAACAGAACCGUCAUCUGUCCCUCGACCCCUUGGUGAUGACAUUGUGUUCUAUUUUAUUCCACUAAAAAGCAAUAUUCCUGCUAAUGUUUUUAGUUUCUCGUGACAAAGUACUUAGCCUAAAUAACAAUAUUCAUAAAAGUAAUGGAAAUGGCUCUCCACAUCCAGUGGAAACAAAUAAAAGUCUGAUAGGAAAUUAGACAAUUUCUCCUGCUAUUUUUAGUGACGAUAAUAAUUUUCAAUAGAGUUUAUGAUUUCAGUGGAUUGUUUUCGGUCUUUUUUGUUAGAAAAUUAAGUCUGUUUUUUCAGCGGGAGGAACAUUGAUGUUUUGAUCUUUGUAAAAUCUGAAUUGAUAAAUAAGUCACCAGGUCAGUAGAAAAAGUCAAAUGUCAACUGAUUAUUUUGAAUAAAGUUAAAACUUAUUCCAUCCCUGAUAAUGAGUUACACAACUGAUCCUACCACAUUAGUCACACUGUCCAAUGAAAAUCAUGCUCACUUCACCACGCCUCAUCUACAUAUUUAACCAAAGGUUCUCUGUAUGAUUAUGAAGAAAUCCUAAUUGAAAAAUACACGUCAGAUGUAACACACUGGACGGGCCAUUUCCAUGUGUUACAUAUUCAUCCGUGAACUCUGAUUUUACAGAAGACGACCUGCUGACCUGCCGUCAGCCUGAGCAGCUGAGGUUUAAUUUGAUGCUUGUAGUUUAACACUGAAGACCCUGAUUAAAUCAAAUAUACUCGAGGUGCUACUUAACAAAUUGAGAUGAGUGAUUCUAUGACACACCGUGCCAGACGUUAUGACUCUGUUACCAUGGU